AUGGGCGAGGCUAUUCAUUUGAACCGCGAAGAGAAGAAGACCCUUAUACGAUUUGCUCGUGUCGCUCUAGAUGAGGUGAAUCUGCAGGACAUUCCAAUUGUCGCAGGUGCGGGAGGAGCUAGUACCCGCGAGUCUAUUCAACUUUGCAAAGAUGCUGCAGAAGCUGGCGCAGAUUAUGUGAUGAUUAUACCGCCAGGGUACUAUGCCGGAGCCCUUUUAGCGGAUACCACCUCGAUCAAGAAGUUUUUCGUGGAUAUCGCAGAGGCAUCACCUUUGCCAGUGUCUGUAUUACACCGGUCUUCAGAAUGA